GGCGGCUGGUUCCGUCCACACAGCGGCGGGUGGUGUGUGUGUGUGUGGCCGGGCAGAGGCAGCACUCCUCCGGGUACAGCAGCCGGGUUGGACCGGAGAGCCACCGCAGUCCUCCCCGGGCUGCGUGCUGCUCCUCCCCGGGCUGCAGCGCUGGGAUCCCUGCUGCAGUCAACCCGUCUCACCGCUGGACAGAUGGUCCCCGGGAUCCACGCCUGAGCCUCGGAUCCGGAUCACUGACGACACGGUGGAUAUGGAAUGGUGCAUGCCGCUGGGCCAAGUGUGCAGCCGCUGAACAACACCGGAACCAUGGACAGUCAUCCGCUGUGCACGAGACUUUGUCCGGACGGUCUGGACAAAGACGGACUGGACAAAGAAGACGGAGUCGAGAGGCAAGGUCCCGUCACUUUCAACCACCGGCACAUGAGGAAGGCGUUCAAAGUCAUGAACGAGCUCCGCAGCCAGAAUCUGUUGUGUGAUGUGACCAUAGUGGCGGAGGACGUAGAGAUCGCUGCUCACAGAGUGGUCCUGGCCGCCGGGAGCCCUUACUUCCACGCCAUGUUCACGGGGGAGAUGGCAGAGAGCAGGGCGAAAAGAGUGAGGAUAAAGGAGAUGGAUGGUUGGACUCUGGGCCUGCUGGUGGACUACAUCUACACAGCAGAGAUACAGGUCACAGAGGACAACGUGCAGGCGUUGCUGCCUGCAGCGGGCCUGCUCCAGCUGAACGAGGUGAAAAAGGCCUGUUGUGAGUUUCUGAGCUCUCAGCUUCAUCCGUCCAACUGUCUGGGAAUACGAGCCUUCGCUGACCUGCACGCCUGCUCUCAGCUGCUCGCACAGGCCAACAGCUACGCAGAGCAACAUUUCGCUGAGGUGGUCGGGAGUGAGGAGUUCCUUAAUUUGGGCAUGGAGCAAGUGUCCAGCCUGAUCGCCAGCGACAAGCUCACCAUCCCCACGGAAGAGAAGGUUUUUGAAGCAGUCAUAGCCUGGGUCAACCAUGACAAAGAUGUCCGCCAGGAACACUUGGCUCACCUGAUGGAGCACGUCCGCCUGCCGCUCCUCUCCAGAGAAUACCUGGUGCAGCGGGUGGAGGAGGAGUUUCUGAUUAAGAACAGCAGUGCCUGUAAAGAUUACCUGAUUGAGGCCAUGAAGUAUCACCUGCUGCCGGCCGACCAGAGAGCUCUGAUGAAGACGGCACGCACACGCAUGAGGACUCCAGUCUGUUGCCCGAAGGUGAUGGUGGUGGUCGGAGGCCAGGCUCCCAAGGCGAUCCGCAGUGUUGAAUGUUACGAUUUUGAGGAGCAGCGAUGGUACCAGGUGGCUGAACUCCCCACCAGGAGGUGCAGAGCAGGUGUGGUGUACGUGGGCGGCUGUGUGUACGCAGUCGGCGGUUUCAACGGUUCUUUGCGUGUACGGACGGUCGACUGUUACGACCCGAUGACGGACCGCUGGACCAGCGUGAGCAGCAUGCAGGACCGGCGCUCCACGCUCGGCGCCGCCGUGCUCAACGGACUCCUGUACGCUGUGGGAGGCUUCGAUGGCAGCACAGGUUUGUCCACCAUUGAGGCGUACAACGCUAAGACAGACGAAUGGUUCCACGUGCUGCCCAUGAGCACCCGGCGCAGCAGUGUGGGAGUGGGAGUUGUAAAUGGGGUCCUCUACGCAGUCGGAGGUUAUGAUGGAGCGACCAGACAGUGUCUGAGUACAGUAGAAGCUUAUAAUCCAAAAAGUAAUGUGUGGAACUACAUCGCUGAGAUGGGCACAAGACGCAGUGGAGCAGGUGUAGGUGUGUUAAAAGGUUUACUCUACGCUGUGGGCGGACACGACGGGCCACUGGUGAGGAAGAGCUGUGAAGUGUACGAUCCGACCUCCAACAGCUGGCGGCAGGUAGCGGACAUGAACAUGUGUCGACGCAACGCAGGUGUGUGUGCUGUGAACAACGUGCUGUACGUGGUGGGGGGGGACGACGGCAGCUGUAAUUUGGCCUCUGUGGAGUUCUACAACUCGAACUCGGACAAGUGGACGCUGCUGCCGACCUGCAUGAGCACCGGACGCAGUUAUGCAGGUGUGACAGUGAUUGACAAGCCCUUAUGACUGCUCUUGACACCUGCCGCUGACUCGGAGCAGAACGUAUUCUCCUGCUGAAUACUGAUCUUGGAUCUGUUUAUGAUGCCAAUGCUUGGCUAUUUGGGCAGCGUUCGCACAGGCACUGACGCAGAUGAAGGAAAUGACAAGAGUGUUGUUGUUGAAGACGAUGAAGAAGAAGAUGAUGAUGAUGAAGAUCUUUGCACUUACCUGACCAGGGGGGGAGCUGUAACUGAAGGGGGGGUUGGAACCCGUGUUUUAAUCCCCCUCCUGGCAGGACUGCAGCAGCGACUGGACUCAGCAGUUUGAAGCACCACUGGACCGGUGCAGUGCCAUUGAAACGCUACUGGAAUCGAGCUCCUACAAUGCAAAGGGACUUUAACAUGACUCAUGUUAACGCGAACCAGCACUGAGGAAGACCACUGUUCUGAUCCGUGGGAGAGGAAGGCCGAGAACGAACAUUUGGGUCUAAAAUCUUUGUUUCUCCUUCGUUUUUUUUAAUCCACCUGAGACGUG